GCGGCAGAUCUACGAUCCAAUUGGCUUCGGGCUCAGCUGGGAGGCGGGAUGAAUGCUUGGGAGGGGACUGAAGAAGUCCGCGGCCCAUCUGCGAGCACAGGAGUGAGGCCUGCAAGAUGGAGGAAGGUGGGAAUCCAGGAAGCCUGACUAAGAUGGUCCAUCUACUGGUCUUGUCGGGGGCCUGGGGCAUGCAAAUGUGGGUGACCUUCAUCUCAGGCUUCCUGCUUUUCCGAAGCCUUCCCCGACAUACCUUUGGCCUUGUGCAGAGCAAACUCUUCCCUUUCUACUUUCACAUCUCCAUGGGCUGUGCUUUCAUCAACCUCUGCAUCUUGGCUUCGCAACAUGCCUGGACUCAGCUCACAUUCUGGGAGGCCAUCCAGCUCUGCCUGAUGCUCCUGAGCCUCUCAAUGGCCACCGUCAACGCCCGCUGGCUGGAGCCCCGCACCACAGCUGCCAUGUGGGCCCUGCACAGGGUGGAGAAGGAGCGGGGUCUGGGCGGGGAGGUACCUGGAAGCCACCAGGGCCCCGAUCCCUACCGCCAGCUGCGGGAGAAGGACCCCAAGUACAGUGUCCUCCGCCAGACCUUUUUCCGCUACCACGGUCUGUCCUCCAUUUGCAAUCUGGGCUGUCUCCUGAGCAAUGGGCUCUGCCUUGCAAGCCUUGCCCUGGGCCUUGGGAGCCUCUAACGCCCACUUCCUCUCCGGCCCUGCUGAGGCCCCAGAUGUGAAUAAACACUUCUUUGGAAA